AUGGCUGGCGAAAAACAACCCGCCUGUCGCGAGGACUUUCGUGUCGGUAUCCUCUGCGCCUUGAGUCUUGAGUUCGAUGCCGUGUCCCUUCUCUUCGAUCGAUUCUGGGACGAAGACGGCGAUCCCUAUGGGAAGGCGCCGGGGGACCCCAACCAGUACACGACGGGUACCAUCGGGAAGCACGAUGUCGUGCUAGUACUACUCCCUGGUAUGGGUAAGGCAUCGGCGGCUGGAGCGGCGGCCAGCUUUCGCUCGAGCUACAGCAGGCUGGAGCUUGUGUUCCUCGUGGGCAUAUGCGGGGGCGUUCCAGGUGCUGGGACGAGCGAGGUUAUUUUAGGAGACGUCGUAAUCAGCAAACGCAUCGUCCAGUACGACUUUGGCCGGCAAUACCCAACCGAGUUCAAAACCAAAGACACGAUCGAAGAUGGUUCCCGUAAGCCGGGUCGCGCAAUCCAUAAUCUAGUCGCUGUCUUUGAGACGGAGCUCGGGCGCGGGCGUUUGCGAGGAAAAGCCUCCGGGCAUCUAAAGGAUAUACAGGCCGCCGCCGUCCGUGAUGGACGGCAGGCUGACUAUCUCUACCCGGGCUCUGCCGAAGACAAGCUCUUCGCGCCGACAUAUGUACACCGACAUUACAAGGAAUGCAAUCUGUGCGGCGAGGGCCCCUGCCCUGAAGCGAUUCAAAGCUGCUGCGCAGAGCUAGGUUGCAAAGAGGAUCAUCUGGUGGUGCGGGCGCGUUUGGACAAGAAGCGAGAUAUGGCACCCGAGCAGGCGCAGGCUCCAGCCAUCUUCGUCGGACGCAUUGGGUCGGGUGAUGCAGUCAUGAAGUCUGGCGCCCACCGCGAUGCGCUCGCUAAACAACAUCAGCUUAUUGCAUUUGAAAUGGAAGCUGCCGGCGCGUGGGAAGAGGUCCCGUGCAUCGUCAUCAAGGGUAUCUGUGACUACGCUGACAGCCACAAGAACAAGCGCUGGCAGGAUUUUGCUGCUAUCACGGCAGCAGCAGUUACGAAGGCCGUGCUGGGCCGGUACGACCCGUCAGAUAGUGGUAUACUUGCUGAGAAUGUUCUCAGUCAGGCUCUUUCAGCGCCGCAGAAUCACAACACCAUAUCGAACAAUAAUUUCGGGAACGGGACCCGAAUUCAUUUUGGAGAUGUGCACAGCGUUGGUUCUACAUGGAGCGGGUUUGCUUGA